AUGUCGGAUGAAUCAGUGCGUUCUUGUAUUUUGGGUCUUUUACGUCUAACAAAACCGCAUAGCGCUCAGCUGAGACGUCGGUGUAAUGAUCUAUGGUGUUACGAGCUGCUGCGUUUAUCGGGUGAUCGACUCGUGAACAGACUUAAAUACGUGAUCUGGUGGGCCCCUUUACGAGCUCUAGUGGUGGCCUAUAACAGAGGCAUAUUAAGUGGUCAACGAGUGCUGGGUGUUGUGUAUGAGGAGUUACAGCGCCGCGGUGUUUUAGAAGCUCCCCGCGUAAGAGGCCUUGUCGAUGAAAUCAGAUGCUAUCGGCAGUUUUACGAUGCGGGGAGUGACGAAGAAGAGGCUCUCGCUGAGGCGACGAGAGCUGCGGAGGAAACGGAUCUAGAGCGUCAAGCCGUCCUCUACCAACCGCUGCAUGAGGAGGGGGUAGGGGAAGAGCCUAGAGCGAGCACCUCGGCAGCCCCGGCCGAGCCGAUACCGCAGGGUUUCACCAUAGGCCAUCGGCAGUUUUACGACGCGGUGAGCGACGAAGAAGAAGAAGAGGCUCUCGCUGAGGCGACGAGAGCUGUGGAGGAAGCAGAGCAUCAAACCGCCCUCUACCAACCGCAGUAUGAGGAGAGGGCUGAGGAAGAGCCUAGGGCGAGCACCUCGGCAGCAUCGGCCGAACCGAUACCGCUGCAACCCGAGUCUGAUGACGACGAGGCGUCGACUAUUCUCAACCCCUCCUUAAUGUUUAGCGAUCGGUCUGAUAUACUGGCUGUGUACCGGCAAGCCAGAGCAAACGAUGACGACGGAGCGAUAGCGGGUCCAUCGUAUCACCACCAUCGUCAGCAGGAAGAUGACCUCGUACAGCCCGAGAAUCAGCUGGGGGUGUAUCCGAUGGAUGCUCGACAGGAGGAGGAGGAGGAGGAGGAGGGGGAGCGUCUAAACGAGGAGCGAUUAGAAGCUAGACGCUUCGGCCUAUGGUUUCAAGAGCUGAUGGAGUGUGAUUCAGAUAUACAAACGGGCGGGGGAAGAACACGCAAUACACAGGGGAACGAGGCUUUCGGGGAUGUGCAACCCCCGGGAGGGCGGAUCAUCAUCACGCACGAUACAGCCCGUUAUUUCAAACGUUUUCAACUACGUGGUCGGGAGAUAACAUUGCGUAUCCGCCAGCCUCACGCUGGCGCAAACGUGACAACAUGGCUUGAAGGAGCAUUCCGCGAUCUUCUGACGCAUCUCACGAGUCACUGUGAGGGUGGUGACUACGCGGGGAUCUCGUUCUCCGCGAGCUGCUUAGCGCACGGCCCCGUCUGGCUUUCAUUCCCUCCUGUCCGCGCCUAUACAUUUGUAGAUAUCUGGCAAUUAAUAACAAACAUAGCUCAAAGCGCAGCGUCUCUGGAUAUUAAUGAUUCUUUCCAUAUAAAAGUAUGUAUCGUUAAAGGUUUGGAGGGUAGGGGGCGAAAAGGUUUGACACACGAGGGCGUUGCUAAAAAAUCAAUUUUAACGAUUCGAAAUACCGACAAUCUGUGUCUACCGCGCUCGUUAGUAACAGCACGCGCGUACGCGGAAAGGGGUGAGAUACGCUCGGGGGCUCUGCAUUCUAGAUGGCAGCGUAUACGACAGACUAACGGGUCGCUUCAAAAAGAGGCGGCGCUUGAGCUUACGAGAAGCGCAAAUGUUGUUAUACAGCCCGCUGGCUGUGGUAUGCGCGAAAUUGCUAUAUACCAGAAUUAUUUGGCUCGCGAGGGGUUAGCUAUCGUGGUUUUCGAGUUUUUGACUUUGGGGCGACGCGAAAGACCGGUGUUUGACGGUACACAGACGGUUAUGGAUACAGUAGGCUCAGUCAGGCACAGGUUAUACAUUCUGUAUUAUGAGCGGUCGCAUCAUUUCCAGCCUAUCUUGAAUCUGCGUGGUGCUGUAGGCAGCUUAAACUUCUGCGCAAUCUGUAACGCCCGUUCUCGUCGGGAUCAUAGAUGUUUAAAAAAGAAAUGCCCUCGCUGCCUUCAAGCACCGCCCUGCGCUCUGGGAGCAGCUGCCGCGAUCAGAUGCGAGACAUGUAACCGCGAUUUUUUUGGGGAACAAUGUUUAGAAAAUUACAGGGCUAUUACCAUCCGUCGUAAACACAGGGUAAACACUGUUUGCGAGUCUCUUCAGCGGUGCCGUAACUGCUUUCGCGCGAUAAGACCUUUAGAGAAAAAGACGCAUGUGUGCGGGGAGGGUUUCUGUAAAACGUGUAAAUCGCGGCACCCCUAUAAUAGCCUGUGCUAUAUGAGGCCUAUUCGCGUCGAUGAGAGGCCAAAAGAGAACAUAUUCAUAUUCUAUGAUUUUGAAACGCAGCAGUGUACCCCUGUAAAAGGUGAUCCUACAACGCGCGUUCACGAACCGAAUCUUUGCGUAGCUCAACGUGUCUGCACCAAGUGCUGCGAUAAUGCUUCUAUAGACGAGCCGUGCGAGCAUUGCGGGGAUCACGAGUUUAUAUUUAGGACGAACCCUGUGUGUCAACUUGUGGAGUUAGCCAUACAGAGUAUGCCGAACUUCUCUCACAUAUUUUUAAUAGCCCAUAACGCCGGUGGUUUCGACGCCCAGUUUAUCCUGCGCUACCUCAUCGAGGAGAAAAAAACGCAGCUCCCGUCUUUAAUAAUGAACGGCACUAAAAUCAUCACAAUGCGCGUUGGCAAACUCGUGUUUCUCGACAGCUUGAACUACUUUCACAUGCCUCUGAGUGCACUGCCUAAAUCUUUCGGUCUAAAAACUGCUCUCGCCAAAGGAUCUUUUCCGCAUCUGUUCAAUAGGCCCGAGAAUCAAAAUUAUAUUGGGCCGAUGCCGCCCGCAGCCGAUUACUCUCCCGACACUAUGCGCCCGGAGGAACGCAAGCGUUUUUUGCAUGGUAUAACGAGUUAAAGAAUGCCUCUUAUGUAUUUAACUUUUCAAACGAGCUCAUAACCUAUUGUAAAAACGACGUUACGAUACUGAGACAGGCCUGUGUGGUUUUCCGGAAAAUGUUCAAGGACAGCGGACGCGUUUGCCCGUUUAGCGAAAACACAACAAUCGCGUCCGCCUGCUUUCAAAUCUUUCGAAAAAAUUUUUUAAAACCUAACACGAUCGGUAUUAUACCUACGGGUGGUUACAGAUGGGCUCACAAUCAGUCAAAAAAAGCGAUCUCUUGGCUCGUGUGGAUGGAGCAUUCUUUAAAUCGUCGUAUCAUUCACGCAGGACGCUCGCGCGAGUUUAAACAGAGACCGUGUACAAAGCGACGGUGAUACACUGAACGAGCGUCUCGAGAGAACAAACGCUAUAUCGCAGAGAAUCCGCUCAAGCGGCUACACGUUAACCGAGAUUUGGGAGUGCGCGUAUGACCGGAUGAUAAAAACAGAUUUAGAGAUGAGCGCUUUUGUGAGUGAUCACCCUCUGGUUCGAGCGGAGCCUCUCAAUCCGCGCGAUGCUUUUUUCGGUGGUCGCACGGAAAACAUGGUCACUCUGUACGACGUGAAAGAGCAGAUACGAUAUGUUGACGUUUGCUCUUUGUACCCAUACAUCUGCAAGUACGGCAAAUAUCCGGUGGGCCAUCCAACGGUAUACGUCGGCGACGAGUGCAGGGCGCUGACAGGUCCCGAAAAUAAUAUCAGUCUUUCCCGCGUCGAGGGCCUUGUUAAAUGUACAGUGCUUCCACCGCAAAAUCUUUAUCAUCCGGUGCUGCCGGUGCGAAUGCAUCAGCGCCUGUUAUUCGGGUUAUGUCGUAGCUGCUGCGAAACAAUGAACCAGGACGCGUGUCCUCAUGAAGACCCCGCGGAGCGUGUGUUUAGCGGUACUUGGGUAGUGGAUGAAUUGCGAAAAGCUAUUGCGUGCGGGUAUAAAAUAUUAACCGUGAGCGAGAUUUGGCAGUAUAAGAUAACGCAGUACAACCGCGAUACACAGAAGGGGGGCCUUUUCACCGGGUACAUAAACACUUUUCUUAAAAUCAAACAAGAGGCUAGCGGUUGGCCCGAGGGUUAUGCAGAUGACGAGGCUGCCCAAGAGCGUUAUAUAACUGCUUUUAAGACAGCCGAAGGGGUUCAGCUGGAGCGGGGUGCGGUAGCGAAAAACCCGGGGCUGCGCUCGGUAGCCAAACUUUGUCUUAACUCCUUUUGGGGUAAAUUUGGACAACGCGAAAAUUUACCACAAACAGAAAUAGUGUCGACACGCGAAAAACUUAUGGAGCUGCUAAAUAGCCCCGAGCACGAGAUCACUGGUAUGCUACCUGUUAACAACCAGGUGCUGUAUGUUAAUUAUACGAAAACCAAUGAUGCUGUAAUACCGUCUAAUAUAGCAAAUACUGUCAUAGCUGCAUACACCACAGCCCAAGCCCGUUUAAAACUUUACACCUAUCUCGAACCGCUGGGUAAGCGUGCUCUGUACUGCGACACCGAUUCCGUUAUUUAUGUCACGAGAAAAGAGCCUGGAGAGUAUGAACCGCCAACGGGUCAAUUGCUAGGGGAUUUAACCGACGAGCUAAGCUCUUACGGCGAGGGUAGUUACAUUAAGUCUUUCAUCUCAGGCGGCCCUAAAUUUUAUUCUUUCAUAGUUAAUACGCCGAGCGGCGCGGAAAGCGAGGUUUGCAAGGUUAAAGGCAUAACGCUGAAUUACGCAAACAGCUCGCUGAUAAAUUACGAAUCAAUACGGUCAUUUAUAAUAGGUGAGAGAGAAAAUCCUGUUGUACUACAGUUUGAUUCAAUACGUCGUACACCGUUCCACCAGGUUGUCACAUGACCCGAAAAGAAAUCGUGCAUGCCUCUGAGCGUCAAGCGAAGACGUGAUGGCGAAUACGGCUCGCUCCCUUACGGCUACAAAUAACCGCUUAUAAAAACUCUCGCUUUAAACAUUGUUAAGCAGUGUUGUAAAAUAUCUAUGUUAUUACUGUAAAAUAUUUAUACUGUUACCGGAAAAUAAAAGCUCUAUACAUGUUUCAA